UGCAGCCAAUCACACAGACGCUUUCUGGAACACCAAUCCGUAGCUGUAGAUGGGAGGGUUUAUGCCAUGUGACACAAACCGACAAGUUACAGACGCAGGUUCCGAGUUCCCUUAUUUGCAGGGGAGGGCUAUAAAAGCAGCAGCCCGGGAGGAGGAGAGAACAGUUUGUAGUUAGAAAGCAGCGGUGUGACCAUGCCUGAACCAGCCAAGUCCGCUCCAGCCCCGAAGAAAGGCUCCAAGAAAGCGGUGACCAAGACCCCGAAGAAAGAUGGGAAGAAGCGCAGGAAGACAAGGAAGGAGAGUUACGCCAUUUACGUGUACAAGGUGCUGAAGCAGGUGCACCCCGAUACCGGCAUCUCCUCCAAGGCCAUGAGCAUCAUGAACUCCUUUGUCAACGAUGUGUUUGAGCGCAUCGCAGGGGAAGCCUCCCGCCUGGCUCAUUACAACAAGCGCUCCACCAUCACCUCCCGGGAGAUCCAGACCGCGGUCCGCCUGCUGCUGCCUGGGGAGCUGGCCAAGCACGCCGUGUCCGAGGGCACCAAGGCUGUCACCAAGUACACCAGCGCCAAGUAACUGCUGCCCCAUCUCCUGCCCUACUCCCAGCAACACAAAGGCUCUUCUCAGAGCCACCAACUCCUCCCUAUAAGAUCUGUAGACUGUCUUUUUUUAUAUAUAUAUAUAUAUUAUAUUACAGCAUUGGGAAACAUUCAGUUGCGAGUUCAGCGCAGUUACACUGUAUUCUAGUUACAGUGUUUCUGCCCCCACCAGUUAAUGACUUGAUACAGUGUCGCAGACAGACGCUCCUGUGUAGCGAUUUGGUUGUUAUAUGACAAUCCCAUCCGGACACAGCGAGUAACUACAGACUCAGCGCUUUCCCAGCCGCAAUGCAUUGGGUUCCCCCCAGGGAGGCCACAUAAUACAUAAUGAUCGGGGUUUGAGGGGAAGUAACUAAGGAAACCGAUUACUGUUUAUUAGUAGAAAAAUCUUUAUUUCUGAUAUGAGGCCGAUUUCAGGGCGGGAAGAUUUAGACCCAA